GAGCCGAGCGCUUAGCUUUUUGAAGGAGUGAACGUCCACAUCCAUUUUUCUGCACAUUUUACCGAACAGAAGAACCCUCGUAGCUGGCUUUUAGUUGUUUCUGGAGGCAGACAGGGUCAUAUUCUCGCAUAAUAACCGGUUAUGUUGCGGGUUUCGCGGUCCUUCCCCUCGCUUUAGUUAGCCGCGUUAGCCUAACGGGCGCCGUAUUCCAAGGUUGACAAAAUGUCAAGACCACGGUCCCGAUCUCCACGUUACAGGAGGUUCCCGUGGGAGGAACCUGACUUUGAUGCUCACAGACUCCUUGCAGAGCUGGAUGGAAUCCCGACUGACAGGAGCCAUAACUUCAGAGAAGGUCCAGAAGAGCCGAGGGACUACUUCAGGAAAGAGAUGUACCCAGAAGGCCAGAGAAGAUCCCCUUCUUUCUCAGAUGACCAUCAAUUUGUGCGUCGUCCAGACCAGGAGGAGUUUUACCACAGGAGGCCGUCACCUCAUCAUGGCGCGAUGCGCUACGAAGACCGAAGGCUUCCCCCGCCGCAUGAUGGAGGAAGUGAUGUAGAUAGACGCCGAGGAGGGUUUAGAGAACACUUGCAGAGUUUUGAAACCAGGACGAGGUCGCCCCAGUCGCCUCCAAAGUUGAUGAGGGAAAGAUUGACGCCGACGCCGAGGUCUCACUCAGCCCAGAGAGAGCCGGUGAUGGGCUGGAGGAGGGAGGAACCGGGCCGAGGUCGAGGGAGGCUCAGAGAUGUCAGUCCUGGUACCAGGUCAGACAACCAAAGAGCUGCAGAAGACAGGGAAAGGGAAAAGAGGAGCACACAAGGUUCUAAUAGAGGCAGACAAAGAGAGAACCCACAUCACGACAGGAGCCUCCCUUUUAAAAGGCAACGAAGAGAAAUGGAUGACGCAAGUCAGCUGGGGUACAGGGAGGAGUUUGGGGAACAGGGUUACUCAGUGGACUCACCAGGAGAUGGUUAUGGAGGAGAUUCUCGGGGGAAGUUUCCCCUCGGAGACAUUCGGCGCUCGAGGCCAGUCAUCAUCGAACACGGUCACGGCAUCACCAACAGCAGAGAGGUGCCUCGGUGGGAGCAGUUGGACAAUCGUAGGGAUCGUGACCCAGACUUUGACCGACAGAGGAGUCCUCGUCCAAUGAGCUCCUCUCAGGAGCGUUUCAAGAUGUCGGACAACAGGGUCGAUGGUCGGGAAGACGCAAGAGAACGCCGUUUUCAAGACAACGCAAGAGACUCCAACUAUCGUGAAACUCGGAGGAGCCCUGUGCUGGACAGACCAAACACCACGAGAUAUGAUAACAGAGUUGGUCCCAUGAACAAUGGGGGGAGAGGCAGUGAUCGUUUAUUGAAAAGGAAGUACAACCAGGGUCAAGGUGGAAGGCCUGGACAGCCCAGGAAUCAACCACGCUUCCAGAAGGGUUACCAAGAGCGCCCUCAAGAAGACCAGAGACCAGGGUACCGACCCUUCAGGGACGAUUACGAGGACCACGUCCAAGAGGAGCCUACCUGGGCGGAAGAAGACAAACUCCAACAGUGGGAAAGGCCUGGAAGUCUGGACCGACACCUGCAGAGGGUCGACUUGGACCCUAAAAUGCCCCGUCAGAGGGAGCGUGGAUGGAGCGAUCAGAAAACCGACAACAUGAACACCAUGACGGAGGAAACGUUAACCAUCAAAGUGGACAUGAGUCGACCCGUAAACCAGAGCAGCUCGCUGUGUUACUCCUCAGACAGGCAGCUCUCUUUAGAUCUGGUCAACGUCGGUCGCCAGCGCCUGGAGUUCCUGCCCAUGCUGGAGCAUUCUGGGACGUACCGGGAGACGGCGAUGCACACCGGGACGUUUGCCCAGGAAAUCAUCACGCUGGUGCACCUCGUCAGAGACCAGUACUUCAGAGACGAUGGCGUCACCCUGAACGAACGCUUCUCAACACCACAGAAAGGCGGCUUUACAGAAGAAGAGAUGGAGGAGCUGACGCUGGACCAGAGGUUCAGCUCAAACCGAGGCUUCAGCUUAGACAUGAGCUCACUACUUCAUGACGACGAGCCUCUGUUCUCCAGACUGGGACCCAUGCAGGGUUUGAGCCAGCAGCCGAUACGAGGCCCCGGCGACCUGAGACACGACCUGGAGAGGAGGCGGCAGGAGAAGCUGGAGGGCGUGAAAGUCACGAUACCAGGAAACAGUUUGUCACAGCGCAACCAAGGUCCUGUCAGCGAGCUGGAUAUGGACUACAACGAGCAGAUGUCUCAGCUGGACCACGACGGAUACUCCACCUGGCCGGAGGGGCAGAACCGCAGGCGAGACGGCAACAUGGGACCAAGGAGAGGAGCUUUAAACAGACUGAACACGGGCCCUCAGCGCAGGAACAAUCGCGCCGGUAAUCGGCGGCAGAACGCCCACAGUAGCCUAACAGGUCCGAACUGGUGAUCUGACACUGGAGCCGUGUUCUGUGUGGACGUUCUCGUAACAAAUCGAGUAAAACGCAGCCGUUCAGACGUCGGUUUCGGUCAGCAGCUCUGUUCCGUGUGUUGAACUGUGAAGACGUCUCCGCUCCGAGGCCGACUGAUGAAUUCGAUAAAUGUGAAACGCUGAAAGCUGCAGCGCUGGUCCUUCACAUCCUCUGUUUACUCCUGUUUGUCUGUGUCUGUUCCUGAUUUCUCUCUCCUCUCUUUUUAUGUCAUCUUCAUUUUAAACGGAUUCAGAAUCCUCACAACUGAUGGAAGAAGAACAGAUUGAAACGCAGAUGAAAUGAUUGUACGUUCAGUUUUCUUGCCGUCAGCGCGUCGUCUUGCGCAGGUUUAGCUUCUUAAAUGUUCAUUAUGUUGCUAAUAAACAUAAAUGUUAUCUAA